CAAUUUCCCAGAAACCGGCUGUAGAUUUGCAUAAAUUAUCGUCUAAGCAAAGUUAAGCUCAUCACGACCGGUUUUAUAGUGUAAGUGCAUCUACUCGUUGAUUUCACAGCAACAAAGAAUGAUACUCGUUUAUCUACUCUAGGGAGGUGUCAUCUAAUCAAGAAUCAAAUUAAUCCAUGAUGGAGCUAUUGAAAGAGGGACGCCUCUGUGUGCAAUACUCCCGUUCACAGGAAGUACAGUUGAACAGGAGGAAUUCAUUCCCAAAUAGACCAAGGAACACACUUUUCCCCACUUACGAUCUCGACGGAACCACUGUCAACUGAAGGCACCAUGAUUCCAUCAUGGCAAAAUAUGGCAGAAUUAAGAAUUGUUAUCACAGUACUAUUUAUUCUUGGAUUUGUCUCCUUGCUCUGGGUAUGGAAUUUUUGGGAAGACAGCGAUGAAUUUUACCCAGAUGGUCUAGAUAGAUGUCCCCCAGAGACCUACACUAUUAAUGAAGAUGCCAGCAGAAGAAUCAGGUGUUUCGAUUGCCCUGUAUGCCCUACUGGAGAGGAACCUUCGCCACCAUGUGGUAUCACAUUGACUGCGAAACCUUCUGGUAAGUGCAUACCUUGCAGACCACGAACAUAUUCAGACAAGGUCGGCAGUACAUCCUGCAAAACAUGCAGUGACUGUGGAUCAAGAAAUGUCAUUAGCUCUUGCACUGCUGAGAAAAAUAUAGAAUGCCAGGAGUGUCCAAAGAAACAAUAUGAAGACGAAAAAACACAUAUAUGCAAACCUUGCUCUGCUUGUUGUCCAAAAAGCUUUGCAACUCAGAUAGAAUGUAUGAGAACAAAAAAAUGCAAACCAAGUUGCGUAUGGUGGACAAAACCAAGAAAAUAUUUCAAGAAAAAGAUUACAGGAAAUAUGAACACUACGUAUGAUAAAGCUUUAACCAAAGACCUCACAAUGUCGCUGAAGCAAAGUUAUACGACAAAUACGAGCCAAUUUAUUGACCAGUAUGGCCACAACGAUAAAAAUAUUUCACAGACCAAAGUAAAACGAGACGUGGAGGCCGAAGUUGAUGUACAACGUGAUUCUACGGAUAACACUGACAGUCAAACAGGAAAAACUUCCAAUUAGAAUAAACUCGAAGAGUUAGAUUUUCUUGAGACUCGUGACAUUAUCAAGAGAGACCAGAAAGACGUUGAGCUACUAAUGACGGACCAAGGUAAAAAUUCAAACCAUCUUUCAACACCAAAAAAAAGUUCUAACGGGACUAAAAUUAUUGCAGUUCAAGAGGAGAACCCAGUUUCUUCCCAAAUGUCACCUGGAGAAAAUUACAUCACUUUUCAAAGAACUGUGGCUCUCCCAAAAGAAGUAACAGAGGUGAGACAAGUAACACCACAUAUGGAAGGUGCACAAAAUGAAUUCCUGAACUCGCCAUUGGGAAGCUUCACUGGAACCAUUUUGGCCGCUAUUUUUGUCGGGCUCUUGGUACUCUUUGUAUAUAUCCUAUACAAAAAGUGUGUUUCCAAGAUGCUAAAGGGCCGUAAGAAGUUCAAAAGAACAUCAUCAGAUCCCACAGACUUCCAUCAUAAAGAAUACUACUCAGUUGUUGGCACCUUGGAUACUUCAGAACGAGAAAGGCUUGUGAAUGAAACCACAAAUGAGACCCACGAUGAAGCUAGCACUGUUACCGUGUCGCCGGAUCUCAAUCUGGCAGAAAUACCCCCAGACCUCCUAGAUAAACUGGUGAUGCGUCUAGAUGUUCCGCAAGCCGAGAAGUCUAUUACUCAGGGCAAAACAUUCGGUUGGCAGACAGUUGGAAAGGAAGUUGGAAUUCCUCAAACAGAACUCAAAUACUAUGAGCACUUAGGAAGACAUGCCAGUGAAAGCCCAACAAAAAUGUUACUUGACAAAAUGGGAAGUCAAGGAAAGACGAUCUCAGAUCUUGUUGACGUACUCAACAAACCUAAACUGAAACUUGGAAAUGUUGCCGAAACGAUAAUUCGCCAUCGUGUAACAAGGAUUUAAGAUGUGGUUUCUACACAUUCUCCGAAAUAAUUUUAUUUUUUCUAGCAUAUAGACAGUUUGUAUGCAAAGUUAAAAGUACAAUAAAAUGAUGCAACCCAAUCAAUAGAAAAAUGUAGCUUUGCAAAAACGGGUCGAAACGGGUCUCAUUCAAAAACUGUAAUAUUACAACAUUAAAGGGCCAUCGUUGUGAAA